GAAAAAAAAGGUGGAGCUUGGUGUCCUAGACAACAAAUUCAAGAAAAUGUAUUUGAGUACCUACAAAUUGAUCUUGGAAAGUUAACGGUCAUUACCAAAGUUGAGACACAAGGUCGUUUUGGAAAUGGACAGGGUAAAGAGUAUGUAACCAUGUAUUUGCUUGAGUAUCAAAGAGAAGAUGGUGGAGAAUGGCGAAGAUUUCGAAACCGCAAUUCAGAAGAGAAAUUAAAAGGAAAUGUAAAUGUUUAUUUAGCUGAAAUGAGAGACGUAGACCCUCCAAUAAUUGCCAAAAGAAUAAGAUUUAUUCCUUAUAGUGAAAGUCCAAGGACUGUCUGCAUGAGAGUGGAAAUGUAUGGAUGUUUAUGGACAGAUGCUUUAGUAUCAUAUUCAAUGCCUCAAGGAGAUAGACGUGGAGUUGAAGUGGAUUUUUAUGAUUUUACUUAUGAUGGAAAAUUGGAGAACAAUUACCUGAGUGGUGGUAUGGGACAGCUUACAGAUGGAGCAGUUGGUGAAACAAACUUCAGAUUAGACACAAAGAAAUUGGGCAUUAAAGGUUAUGAAUGGGUUGGUUGGAGAAAUGAUGACCCAAUUGAUAAACCUGUAUCAAUAAAAUUUGAAUUUGAUUCAGUUAGAAAUUUUACAAAGGUUGAAAUCCAUGCUAACAAUCAUUUUUCUAAAGAUGUAAGAAUAUUUCGUCACGCAGAAAUUUUCUAUAGCAUUGGAGGGGAAUUUUACUUACCUCAUACUACAAAAUUUAAUUAUGAUACUGAUGAUGCUUUAGAUGCUGCAAGAUAUAUUGUUAUCUUUAUGAACAAUAAAAUUGGAAAAUACUUAAAAAUAGAUCUUUACUUCAAAGCUAAGUGGAUAAUGAUCAGCGAAAUCUCUUUUUUAUCAACUGAAGCAGUAGGGAAUUUUACAGUAGAAGAACCACCCCCAACUACCCCUGGGCCUACUACAACAACAAGUAAAAGGGAUUCAUUCCCUAACAGUUUUGAUAUGGAUCAUGACAAACUACAUGGUGCUGAUCAUAAUGAAGUCAGUGAAAAUAAUGCAAAUUUAUUUGAUGUUAGUGAAGGGGAGGAGAAUGAAGGUGGAACAGGACAAUCUAAAGUGGAUGAAGGGACCAGUAAUAAUUCUGAUGUACCUCUGACUGAAAAAGACAAUAAAGAAUAUGAUGAUGAAUACAUAAGUAUAAUUAUUGGUGCGCUGGCUGCCCUUAUAUUUCUACUUCUCUGUGUGAUCCUCAUUUUCUUCUGCCGGCACAAAAGAAGGAAGCAUAACAACAAUCGUAGAGGACAUAAACCUGUUAGCAAUAGUCAUGUUACCAUAAACUUGAAUGACUUGAGAGGAGCCACAAAUGGGAAGUUGUCAAAUGGAAACAUGUAUAACAGUAUAGCCACUGAUGAUGCUGAUUCAGAUCGGGAAGGAGUAGGCUGCUGCAAUGGUGGUACUAGAGGAGCUGAAAAAUUUGGCUGUAAGCCUGCAUAUAUUCAACCCAUAGACAGCAUUUCGGGGUCAGAGCCUAGAGAUUAUGCUGUUCCAGACAUCACAAAGUCAGCUCUAGUUGUAAAUCUGCCUCCACGAGCAACAGCUCCCAAGCAAUUGGCAAUUAUGGAUAAGCCACCUAAUUAUGAUGCUCUUUAUGCUGCAGCUGAUAUUGUAAAUGUUCAUGGUGGAAGUGUACCAAGCAUGCAAGGAGUUAGUGGUAAUAAUGUUUAUGCAGUACCUAAUGCUGAACUCCUGUGUAGUAUUGAUUAUACAGUCAUGGAAUUAAGGAGAGAAGAUCUUAGAUUUGUUGAAGUACUUGGAGAAGGACAGUUUGGAGAGGUACACUUAUGUGAAGCACUUCAUGGAGAAGAGUUAAUGGUUGAUGAAUACAUGCUUAACAGAACACUUCCAUGUGCCCCUUUACUUGUUGCAGUUAAAAUGCUUCGACCUAAUGCUGAUGAACGAGCCAGGGCUGAUUUUCAUAAAGAGAUUAAGAUCAUGUCACAGUUGAAGGACUUGAACAUUGUUAGAGUUCUUGGUGUUUGUACAAGAGAGGAGCCUUUGUGUAUGGUUGUUGAAUACAUGAAAUAUGGAGACCUUAAUCAAUUUCUUAUUGAUCAUGAACCUGAAAGCCCAAUAGCUCAAGCAACCAAUGUAAAAACUCUCAGCUACGGCUGUCUUAUUUACAUGGCAUCCCAAAUUUCUUCUGGUAUGAAGUAUUUGGAAUCUUUGAAUAUGGUUCAUCGGGACUUGGCAACACGAAACUGUCUUGUUGGACAUCAUUUUCUAAUUAAAAUAUCUGAUUUUGGCAUGAGCCGUAGUUUGUAUAGUUCAGACUACUACAGAAUUGAAGGGAGAGCAGUCUUACCUAUUAGAUGGAUGGCUUGGGAAAGCAUUUUGCUCGGAAAAUUCACUACUAAAAGUGAUGUUUGGUCCUUUGCUGUUACUCUCUGGGAAAUUCUCACAUUUGCACGUGAACAGCCAUUUAUAGCCCUGACAGAUGAACAAGUUAUCGAGAAUGCUGGUCAUUGUUAUCGUGAUGACAAUCUACAAACAGUUUUAACAAUGCCAAUCAACUGUCCUAAAGAGAUUUAUGAUUUAAUGUGUGAGUGUUGGAAUCGUCAAGAAAGUGUGAGGCCAACUUUCAGGGAAAUUCAUAUGUUUCUUCAAAGAAAAAAUAUGGGUUAUAAUCCAGCAGAUGAAGAAUUGAGUCAAAUAACUGUACCCAUUUGCUAAUACUGUUAAAUUCAAAUAUAUAUGUAUAUAUACACAUCUAUAUUCAUAUAAAUAAACAGAUAGAUAUAAAAAUAAUUUUUUUCCUUAGCUACGGCUGUCUUAUUUGGUGCUUGUAAACUCUUCUUGAUAUUUGCUUAGUUUGCAUAUAUAUAUUUUUUAUAUUUUCAUAACAAUGAAUUUCAAAACAACUAAUUACACUUAAAAGAGUGAAUUUGUAUUAAGUGAAAUCAAAAGUCCUUUUAAAAAAAAAAUGUAUUCCAAGUUGUGGGGUGGCAUGGUUGGGGGUAGAGUGCUCAAUUACUAGUUUCAAGUUCAGAUCUUGGCCUUUAUCCUGUAAAACAUCCUUGCGUCCACCCAGCUCUAAUGAAUAUAUGACUUAAAUUAGGGAAAGUAAAUGCCGCUGGGUAUAGUGCUAACCACACGACCCCACCUUAUGACAUGCCAAGAAACCAAUGAACCGUACUUCAUUUGCCCUGUUGAUCGGCAGGUCUGCAAGGGGAAGUUUUUAAAAUUCUUAGUCAACAAAGUGGUCAGCCAUAGGAAAUGUAAAAGCUGGACUAAUACCAGCUAGACUUCUUUUUAACUAUUUAUAGCACAUCUACUUUUAUAAUUUCAAGUCUGUGUUUUGAUUCUUGAUCUUAAAAGUGAUGCUAUAAUUUUAGUAGAAAAACAGAUUUUGUGAACUACAGCAAGAUACUUUAUUUAAAAUGAAUUUACGAAGUUCAGUAUUUAUGUUAUGUAACAAAUAUAUAAAUAUGUGUUAGUCAAAUGAAGUAAAAUUUUGAUAUUAUAUGAUGUGAUGAAAUUACAAAUAAGAUAUGUAACUAACAUCGACCCCUUAUAUUAUUACCUCAUAUUCUGCUAUAAAAAGUUUUUUUAACAUUUCAUCCAUGAACAAAACAAAAUGUAAUCCUUGUAAGUUGUACUAAAUUUAUAUUACUGUUCCAACAAAUAUUUUGUCCAGAUAUUAUUAACUAUGUUUUAAUUCAUUUUAAUUUAAAAUGUUAUUUGUGUUGUAUUUAAAUUAAAUUUUUCUCUAUGAAUUUUUACUCACUAAUAUUGUAGCUUUUCAUUUACAUUACCAUAAAAUUGAACCUAUAUUUGAUAAUUUAUAAAUGAUGUGGCAAAGAAUACUUAGUGUUUAAUAAUCCUACGUGUCUAUCGUCAUUUUUGUUGAAUAAGCUAAGCAUCUUUUAAACUAUAGCUUAGAAUAAUAUACAUAUAUGUUUUAAAAAAAAAUUGAUGAUUUCUUUGAUCAAGUUUAGGUCUCUUUAUUUCUCCAUGAACUGCUAAUCUAUUAAAUAAAUAUUUUUUAAGUUUAUUAUUUUCAUCUGGUUAACUUAAAACGUUAUCCAGAAACCUGUUUUUCUAUUAUGUAUAAAUACAUAAUUUUAAAUUCUAUUGUAUGAAAUUCUCUUUUGAACUAUUUAAACUAUUCAAGUAAUUUACGUCUAGACUUUUCUACACCAAGAAUACUCUUAGUAGUUUUUUACCAAGUUUGAUUUAUAAUUCUCAAAUCAUAAAUUAAUGCAAUAUCUCAAAUUGUUUUUAAAUAUGAAAGAAUUGCAUUAAAAAUAGACUUUUUUUAUAACCCAAUUUUUUUUUAUUAUGUUCAUUUAGAAUAACUUAUAAAUAUUUUUUAAUAUUUGAUGAAUUGAUUUGCAUCGCCGAUUCAUGCUCAUAAAAUUACACUAAGUGAUUCCAUUCAUUUGUAUAUUUUAGCAAAAGUGUAUAUAUUAAAAUAAUGUAAAUAAAGAUAUACUUAUUGCCAGACAUGGCAUUUAAUUUAUAAACUAUUAUAAUUGUUCAUGAUUGUUUAAGUAAUAACAUUUUCUAGAUCAAACUUUUAAAUGGAAUCGCAAUGCAAUAAAUUGCACUGAUUCACAAAAUACAUAAUUUUGUAAAAUAACAGGGAUUAACAAAAGUUUGCAGGAUUCAGUUCUUAAAUUUAUAAUGCGCAAUAUAUAUAUAUAUAUAUAUAUAUAUAUAUAUAUA